CCGGUGCGGCAGCAGGGCCCGCGGCGCGCGGACAAUACCGGCGGCGGCUCGGCCUCCAUCGGCCCCGCUCGGCCCCGAUCGGCUCCGCUCGGCUCCACCCCGACUGGCCCCGCCCCGACUCGGCCUCGCUCGGCUCCACUCGGCCUCGCUCGGCCCUGCCCUGCCCUGCCCGGCCCGGCCGCGCUCGGCUCGGCUCGGCUCGGCUCGGCCCCGCUCGGCUCGGCCCGGCCCGGCUCCGCUCUGCUCGGCUCAACUCGGCCCCGCUCAGCGCGGCCCGGCCCGGCCGGCACCAUGCUGGCGCUCUUCAACAAGCUGCUGGACUGGUUCCGGGCGCUGUUCUGGAAGGAGGAGAUGGAGCUGACCCUGGUGGGGCUGCAGUACUCGGGCAAGACCACCUUCGUCAACGUUAUCGCGUCAGGACAGUUCAACGAGGACAUGAUCCCCACAGUGGGUUUCAACAUGAGGAAGAUCACCAAAGGGAAUGUUACCAUAAAGCUCUGGGACAUCGGGGGACAGCCGCGGUUCCGCAGCAUGUGGGAGCGAUACUGCCGUGGAGUGAGUGCCAUCGUGUACAUGGUGGAUGCUGCUGACCAGGAGAAGAUAGAGGCCUCUAAGAACGAGCUGCACAACCUGCUUGACAAGCCGCAGCUGCAGGGCAUCCCGGUCCUCGUCCUGGGGAACAAGCGGGACCUGCCCGGUGCCUUGGAUGAGAAGGAGCUCAUUGAGAAGAUGAACCUCUCUGCCAUCCAGGACCGAGAGAUCUGUUGCUAUUCCAUCUCCUGCAAAGAAAAGGAUAACAUUGACAUCACCCUACAGUGGCUUAUCCAGCACUCGAAGUCCAGGCGAAGCUGAGGUCCCGCGGGCCUGGCUCGGAUGGGAAGAUGCCAUUGUCCAAGCCCAUGCCCCUCUCUCCUGCUCUGUCCCUCCAGCUCUCUCUCUAGAUGGGUAUUUUUAGGGGACCCCAGACUCUGCUGACAUUGGGGCAGAGUCCUUGUUUUUAUUGUAAAGAAGAUGUCUGACUGCCCUCCUCUCCCCCUGUCCUCUCCUGCCCCUCUCUUCCUCCAUUUUGGCACUGUUCUGUUGUUGUCUGUGUAUACAGUAUAUAUAUAUGUAUAUAUAUUUUAAUUUUUUAAUUUAA